GCUACCCCGCCGAUGGAUCACGGCAGGGGGCACCACUCGGGGCUGACCCUGACAAAUCACAGCAUUCCCGGGGGGCAUGAUGAAAACUCGAGACUGAAGGGAGGACGCUGGGAUGGGGAGGGGACUCCCCAGAGUGCGGCCCAGGUCCCCUGCUCACUUUUUUGGGGCAAAAAACCCAGCCAGUCUACAAGAUUCAUUUCCUGUGGGGACAAUCCCCACCUUCAGCCACCCAGGGCCCUGAGAAUACCAGCUACCCCGUCCUCUCCAAUCCCACCCUCUCUCCUGCAGGGAAGCUGUCCCAGUCCCUCGGCCUAGGGCCUGGGAGAGGCUGUCAGACAUCCCCCUGCCCUUGUGAUCAUCUGGUGGCCACUCGGUGGUGAUCAGGACCUGGAACUCAACAUCCAUCCAUCCAUCCCUCCAGGCCCCACACACCAUCACCAGCUGUUGAGCCCAAGAGAGUUCUGGACGUUACCUGCUCAGUCCACGUAGGGUCAGGACCAUCCCUGGCCCCAGGGGCAGCUGAGUCAGACAGCAAGACCCUGAAACUCACAGGCCAGGCCAGGCCUACAAAUCUGGCUACCAGCACCCAGAUUUAAAGAAACCUGAUUCACUAAGAAGACUGGAAACCAUUUCCCUCACCCCCAGGUGCACAGAUAUUUAAUGUCUAACAGGAAAGUCAAAUCCCCUCAGCCUGAAACUUCACCCUUGAGGCAGCUCCUUGUGUAGUUCCAAACCUCUUUGUCCAAGAGCUUCACUACAAAAAGAGAAUUUCCCCUCUCCUCUUCCCCCUUGAAGGAUCAGGUCCAUCUCUGUGCCCGCUCAUGAGUGUGGGCCCCCAGCCCCUGGGAAAUGGACAUCAGUAUCCAGAACAUCCUGAGCUUUUGCUUUGGACGCUUUCUAGGGUCCAAGAACAGCCAGCCAUUCCUGCCCAAGAUUGAAGGCCCUCUGCUACAGAUCAUGGGCCGCCCCGCAUCGGAGGCGGAAGAUGCCCUUCUGGAGAAUGAAAUCAUCCCAGACAGCAUGCCGUGCUUCCCAGAGGGAGACAGUAUGAGCAGCACAGAGAGGGACCAAGGCCCUUGGGAUGCGGUAUUGUCCCCUGACGGCGAGGGAUCCACAGGGGUUGUGGACAGAAGCAAGCUGCUGUGGGAGUCUAACCUCAUCCCCAUCUCUGAGGCCUUGGGGGCUCCAACCACGGAGCACCCUGCCAGCUGUAACUGUGGGCAGCUGGGUCCCAUAGCACUCUUCUCUCUCCCGGAGGCCACAGAAUCAGUGACGCGCAACUCCUCCCAGAGCCUGGCCACCCACACCAGACAAAAUGAUUGGAGGAUGGAUACAGAAGAGAGGAAAGACAUCACAGAGCUGAUGAGCAAUUUCUCAAUGAGGCCCGACUCUGCCAGACAGCUGUGGCACAAGAAUCGGGUGUGCCAGGCGUAUCACGGAACUCCGGAGGCAGGCCGGCCCUCCUCAGGGUACUGGGGCCCCCCUCAGCCCUUCAGUCAUACGGACUCUGGCGAAGCAAGAGCCCUGCAGCCACCUCAGCUAGACCUGGGUCCCACACAAGGCUGUGCCAGCCCGAAGCCCUAUUGUGAAUGGUCAGAUACACAGGCACACGCCGACACAAACAUGCACAUAGAAAAGCCAUCUCAAGCACAUCAGCAUCAGCAUGAGCACUUACAUAGAAAAAAGCAUUUUCGCAUGAAAACAGACACAGACCUAGGCCAUCCAACCCUUUAAUUCCCCUCAAAGUUUUCUGUCCUACAGUAAUAUCCUGGGGAUGGACUGAAGGAUCCUGGGAGGGGGCAGGGGAGUGCUUCCUGGGAUUUGGAAAGAAACAAGUGUCCAAUAAAGGCAAGAAGACUCCCUCUCUGCUCUAUA